CCGCUGAGCACCUUCCCAGGAAUAGAGAAGUUCAAGGGCCGCUACCUCCACAGCCGAGACUACAAGGAUGCUCGAGACUUCACGGACAAGAGGGUCGUUGUCAUCGGGAUUGGGAAUUCGGGAUCGGAUCUGGCCGUGGAGAUCAGCCAAGCAGCCAAGCAAGUCUUCCUCAGCACUCGCCGGGGUGCGUGGAUCCUUAACCGCGUUGGAGAGCAGGGCUACCCCAUGGACAUCAUCUUCACCACCCGCAUGAAGAUAUUCCUGAAGAAGCUGCUGAGCUCCUCCAUGGUGAGCGACUUCAUGGAGAAGCAGCUGAACACCAGGUUCAACCACUCGCACUAUGGCCUGAAGCCAAAGCACAGGAUCCUGGACCAGCACCCGACCGUCAAUGAUGACCUGCCCAAUCGCAUCAUCUCGGGGAGGGUGCUGGUGAAGCCAAACAUCCAGGAGUUCACGGAGACAUCUGCCAUCUUUGAGGACGGCACCAGAGAAGAGAUCGACGCUGUGGUCUUUGCCACAGGAUACAGCUUCUCCUUCCCCUUCCUCGAGGGCUGUGUGAAGGUGGUGGAGAACCAGAUCCCCCUCUACAAAUUCAUGUUUCCACCUGACCUGGAGAAGCCCACGCUGGCUUUCAUUGGCCUCAUCCAGCCUCUGGGUGCCAUCAUGCCCAUCUCUGAGCUCCAGUGUCGCUGGGCCACGCGUGUCUUCAAGGGGCUGAACAAGUUGCCCCCACGGCAUGACAUGGAGACUGACAUCAAGCAGAAAAGAGAAGCAAUGGCAAAGCGGUACGUGAAGAGCCAGCGCCACACCAUCCAGGUGGAUUACAUCCCCUACAUGGAUGAGCUCGCCUCCCAGGUGGGGGUCAAGCCCAACCUGCUCGCCCUCUUCCUCACGGACCCCAGGCUGGCGCUGGAGGUGUUCUUCGGGCCCUGCACGCCGUACCAGUACCGCUUGCGGGGCCCCGGCCACUGGGCGGGUGCCAGGGAGGCCAUCCUCACCCAGCAGCAGCGAGUGGUCAAGCCCCUGCAGACACGGACCGUGGAUGAGCAACCCUCAGCCACUGCCAUGCCCCUGAUCUUCAAGCUCGUCGGGGCCAUGGCUGUUCUCGCUGUCAUUUUUGCUUACAUGUAG